UCGGGCGGCCUGGAUGCGCAGGACCCGGGCCCGCAGCCGCUGACGCCCGGCGGCGGCGAAGUUUGGCUGCUGAGCGGCGCGGCGCCGGGCCACUGGACAGCGGGCGGCCCGGCGGCCGCGGCCGGAGCGAUGCCCGUGGGGGGCCUGUUGCCGCUCUUCGGCAGCCCGGCGGGCGGCGGCCUGGGUGGGGGGCUCGGCGGCGGCGGCGGCAGGAAGGGGUCGGGCCCCGCCGCCUUCCGCCUGACGGAGAAGUUCGUGCUGCUGCUGGUGUUCAGCGCCUUCAUCACGCUCUGCUUCGGGGCGAUCUUCUUCCUGCCGGACUCCUCCAAGCUGCUCAGCGGGGUUCUGUUCCACUCCAGCCCCGCCUUGCAGCCGGCCGCCGACCACAAGCUCGGGCCCGGGGCGCGCGUCGAGGACACGGCCGGGGGGCGAGCCCGGCGCCGCGAGGAGGGCGCGCCCCGCGACCCGUCAGCCGCCCUGGAGGACAACUUGGCCAGGAUCCGCGAAAACCACGAGCGGGCUCUCAGGGAAGCCAAGGAGACCCUGCAGAAGCUGCCCGAGGAGAUCCAAAGAGACAUCCUGCUGGAGAAGGAGAAGGUGGCCCAGGACCAGCUGCGUGACAAGGAGGCGUUCAGGGGACUGCCCCAGGUGAAUUUCGUGCCCCCCGUCGGGGUGGAGAGCCGGGAGCCUGCCGACGCCGACGUCCGCGAGAAGAGGGCAAAGAUCAAGGAGAUGAUGCAACAUGCUUGGAAUAAUUAUAAAGGUUAUGCCUGGGGAUUAAAUGAACUGAAACCUAUAUCAAAAGAAGGCCAUUCCAGCAGUUUGUUUGGUAACAUCAAAGGAGCAACUAUAGUAGAUGCCCUGGAUACACUUUUUAUUAUGGAAAUGAAAAAUGAAUUCCAAGAAGCAAAAUCAUGGAUUGAGGAAAAUUUAGAUUUUAAUGUGAAUGCUGAAAUUUCUGUUUUUGAAGUGAAUAUACGCUUUGUUGGUGGACUGCUCUCAGCCUACUAUCUGUCUGGAGAAGAGAUAUUUCGAAAGAAAGCAGUGGAACUUGGGGUAAAAUUGCUACCUGCAUUUCAUACUCCCUCUGGAAUACCUUGGGCAUUGCUGAAUAUGAAAAGUGGUAUUGGAAGGAACUGGCCCUGGGCCUCUGGAGGCAGCAGUAUUCUGGCAGAAUUUGGAACCCUGCAUUUGGAGUUUAUGCACUUGAGCCACUUAUCAGGAAACCCCAUCUUUGCUGAAAAGGUGAUGAAUAUUCGAAAAGUGCUGAACAAACUGGAAAAACCAGAAGGCCUUUAUCCUAACUAUCUGAAUCCCAGUAGUGGACAGUGGGGUCAACAUCAUGUAUCAGUUGGAGGACUUGGGGACAGCUUUUAUGAAUAUUUGCUAAAGGCAUGGUUAAUGUCUGACAAGACAGAUCUAGAAGCUAAGAAGAUGUAUUUUGAUGCUGUUCAGGCCAUUGAGACUCACCUGAUCCGCAAGUCUAGCAGUGGUCUCACUUACAUCGCAGAGUGGAAAGGGGGCCUUCUGGAGCACAAGAUGGGCCACCUGACCUGCUUUGCUGGAGGCAUGUUUGCGCUUGGGGCUGAUGGAGCUCCUGAAAGCCUGGCUCAACACUACCUUGAACUCGGGGCUGAAAUUGCCCGUACCUGUCAUGAGUCUUAUAAUCGUACUUUUAUGAAAUUGGGACCAGAAGCUUUCAGAUUUGAUGGCGGUGUUGAAGCCAUUGCUACAAGGCAAAAUGAAAAAUACUACAUCUUACGGCCAGAAGUUGUUGAGACCUACAUGUAUAUGUGGCGACUGACUCAUGAUCCGAAGUACCGGAAGUGGGCCUGGGAAGCUGUAGAGGCCCUGGAGAGUCACUGCAGAGUAAAUGGAGGCUAUUCAGGCCUAAGGGAUGUUUACCUCGUUCGUGAGAGUUAUGAUGAUGUACAGCAGAGUUUCUUCCUGGCAGAGACACUAAAAUAUUUGUACUUAAUAUUUUCUGAUGACGAUCUUCUUCCACUGGAACACUGGAUCUUCAAUACCGAGGCACAUCUCCUCCCUAUACUCCGUGCGGAUAAAAAGGAAGUUGAAGUCAAAGAGAAAUAAAAAGACAUUUUAUAUUUUACUCUGCUCCAUUCCCUUCACUGCAUACCUUAAUAAUUCCUUUCCUGGUUAUCAGGCACAUGAUGAACUUUUAUUAAUAGGUCUGUGAUUAUUCUAAGUUCUUAAAUUGUUUUGCAGUCUUUUAUGUUUAUUAUCAUAGGCAUAGAUGGACCUAAAUUCCUUACUGUAUCCUUUAUUAUUCAGCCAGUGGAUCCACCAUUUUUUUUUGUUUGGUUUUUGUUUUUAAAUAAUCUGUUAUCUCUGGAGUUGGUGAAGGUGUAAUAUCAUUAAACUGAAUAGAAUGGUAUAGUAAUGACGUCUUAACUACAAUUUGAUUUGACUGCAAAACUUUUUCCUCCUCUAUGAGGAGAUGAUGUCUGCUUUAAGCUGUAAUGUUUUGCCAUGUUGCAAAAAGCCAUAAUAAUAAAUUAAGUAUUAAAAAAGCUUUUCCUUUUCAAUUUCAUGUUAAUCUGGUUUGUCUAUCCACAAGAGACAGAUCUUAUAACUGUGACAGCCUCUUUAUGCGGGUCUAUCAUUAUUUGAUAGAAUGUCUUCUAAAAUACUUCACUCACAUUGUAAUUCAAAUUAGAAAGUCAUUCUAAAAGGAUCAUCUCAUGAAGACCUCAUUUCAUCAAAACUGCAGUAUAUUUUUGUUGGUUAAUUAUAUUAGUUUUUCCUAAUUUGUGAAUUUGUUAAUUUUACUAUAAAUGCCCUGUGUCAUUUCUGGAUCAUGCAUGUUAAUUUCUUACAUUCCCUACUACACAGCAAGGUGAGCUCUCACGUUUUGCAGAACUCUGUCAUUGAAGUACAUUUUGUUAAAGAGAAAUAGUAUAACUUUUAAUGUAUUAGUUUUUGCUUUUAACUGACUAUAUGAAGAAAUUGGUUCUAAGAAGAGGGUGAGUAUUUCAUAUGGCUUUUAGCUCAUUUGUUUUUAUUUCAUCUGUAUUUUUUUUUCUUGAGAAAAGCAUUCUAUUUGGUUCCGAUUUUUCAGAUUUGAAAAAUGCCCUUUCUCAAAUGUAGUAAAUUAUUUCAUUUCCAUGUAUGAAAGCAGGAUUUGACUCUGUGAAAAAAGCUUUACCAAUUCAUUUCUUCAUGGUCAAUUACAGAAAAUCUAAUAAACUUUUAGGCCAAAUAAGAAUACAGUAUAUUUAGUAUGGUUAAAUUCAACAUAGAGAUCCCAACUUAGAAGCAACAUAUAGAAAUGGUCACUCCCAACCCCCACAAUCCUGCAGUAGAUCAAAAUAAUGAUAUGAUUCUUCUAAACAUUAAGUUUUGAAAUAUGAAUGGUUUUCCCAAGAGUAGAUUUGGUGACACCUUAUGUUUUCUUAUCAUAUUGGUUCAUUUUAUAUAUGUAUAUUUACAUGAAAGGGCUAAUAUGAUGAUGCAUAUUCUGAAGUUGAAAGACUUUGACCACCAUCUCAAUUUUCAACCUGGAAUGGUCAGACAGAUCAGUGCAACCCCGUGGAUUAAGCUGAAUCGUAUAACACUGCUGCACUUGUAGUUUAAAAACUGUCCAAUGUCAGCAGUUUCAUAUGGUUCAACCUGAUAUUUUUAAGACAAUUAUUUUCUUAGAUCUCAAUAGACUUAAUAGCUUUAGCUAUUUAAGCUUUUGAAAAUAUUUCAAAAGAUUUCCUUUGACAGGGCCACCUGUGUGAUCUGCCUUUUUUUUUUCAAUAUUGUACAUUGGUAUAUGUCAAAGAAAAAAUUAGUAAAAUUAGUGAAUGAAAAAGAUUCUUCAGUACAUCAUUAUUGCCAUGUUAAUGAGUCUCUGUUAUCCAGAAUUACUUCACCCUCUCAUAUCUUACCUCACCUAGUGAAUGAAUAGAUAACAAGAGCCCCUUGUUCCCAGGACUUUAAGGCAAAAUACAAAAAAUGAUUGCCAAAAUUGGGCGAUCAUUCUGUGAAUGUCCUUGGACUAGCAAUUUUAAUUGUUCCUUUUCUUGCUUUUCAAUUUUAAUUUAAGAGCACAAAGCUGAUAAGUAUUUCUGCAGCAGGUAGAGUAUCAACAUCAGGUUGUGUAUACACACUGCACUAUAAUGUACCUUUCGUAUCCUGGUAUAAGUAGACAAGAAGCUGUACUACAUGUUGCUGUCUCAAUGGCAAGAAUAAAGUUUUUGCAAUUCUAGAACUUGGAUUUUUAAACAAAAGUCCCAAAAUACCAAAAAUUUAAACAGAUAGAUUAAUAUUAUGAUGAUGUAAUUGAAUUAAAGUUAUAUUUUGUGUUAAUUAUUUUAACAACAGAAAUCUUUAAGUAGAAACUUUUUCAUUUUCAACCUGUGCAGUUAAAUUUAUACAUGUAUUCACAUCCUGAAAGAUGAACAACAGCACUUAAUUUUGUGUUUAUGCAAUGUUUUGACAUACUUUGUGCAAUUAUUAAUAAUAUUACACACGUUAGUUGUCUGGCAAUUUACAGAACUCAGUGACUUUCAUGUGUACUACCCAUUUUUUAUGCUGAUUGCUUUUGAUUUGUACAUAAAUCCAUUCUGUCAUUUCCAACUUUAUAUAAAUCUCUAAUGUAAUGGGAAACAUAAUAGAUUGACACAUAAUUUUUAAAAAUUAUAUUUGUAAAAUUUCUCUAUUGUGAAUAAAGUCUUUUACUAUA